AGCCACCUGUCCAAGAUGGGGCUGUGGAAGCAGGUACCAGGUGCUCCCACUGCCGAAGCCUGGCCGGCACGGCGUGACACGUCCCCUCCGCCACACCAGAGGGCGCUGUCGCGGGCUGCAGCGCCGCCCUACCCCCGGGGGCGGCGCUCCGUCCCGCCUGAGUCUUUUUCCUCCACGUGCGAACGCGGGAUGGCGGCGGCGGCGGCGGUGGGUGCACAGGACGAGGCGGCGGCGCGCGACGUGCAGCGGCUGCUGGUGCAGUUCCAGGAUGAGGGCGGGCAGCUGCUGGGCUCCCCGUUCGACGUGCCCGUGGACAUCACCCCGGACAAGCUGCAGCUCGUGUGCAACGCGCUGCUGGCCCAGGAGGAUCCCGUGCCGCUGGCUUUCUUUGUCCACGAUGCUGAGAUCGUCUCAUCACUGGGGAAGACGCUGGAGUCACAGGCAGUGGAGACAGAGAAGGUCCUUGACAUCAUCUACCAGCCACAGGCUAUCUUCAGGGUCCGUGCUGUGACCCGCUGCACCAGCUCUUUGGAAGGUCACAGCGAGGCAGUCAUUUCUGUGGCCUUCAGCCCCACAGGAAAGUACCUGGCCAGUGGCUCCGGAGACACCACUGUGCGCUUCUGGGAUCUCAGCACCGAGACACCGCAUUUCACAUGCCAGGGACACAGACACUGGGUCCUUAGCAUAUCCUGGUCCCCAGAUGGCAAGAAGUUGGCCUCGGGCUGCAAGAAUGGCCAGAUUCUCCUGUGGGACCCAAGCACAGGGAAGCAGGUGGGCAGGCCCCUCGCUGGCCACAGCAAGUGGAUCACAGGCCUGAGCUGGGAGCCCCUCCACGUGAACCCCGAGUGCCGCUAUGUGGCCAGCAGCUCCAAGGAUGGCAGCGUGCGGGUCUGGGAUACAACUGUGGGCCGCUGUGAGCGCAUCCUCACCGGGCACACACAGUCAGUCACCUGUCUCCGGUGGGGAGGGGACGGGCUUCUCUACUCUGCCUCCCAGGACCGCACCAUCAAAGUCUGGAGGGCUCACGAUGGUGUGCUGUGCCGGACCCUGCAAGGCCACGGCCACUGGGUGAACACCAUGGCACUCAGCACUGACUACGCCCUGCGCACGGGCGCCUUCGAGCCAGCUGAGGCCUCGGUUAACGCCCAAGAUCUCCGAGGGUCCUUGCAGGAGUUGAAGGAAAGGGCUCUGAGCCGAUACAGCCUCGUGCGGGGCCAGGGCCCAGAGAGGCUAGUGUCUGGUUCAGACGACUUCACCUUAUUCCUGUGGUCCCCAGCAGAGGACAAGAAGCCCCUCGCACGGAUGACGGGACACCAGGCCCUCAUCAACCAGGUGCUCUUCUCCCCUGACUCCCGCAUCAUCGCCAGUGCCUCCUUUGACAAGUCCAUCAAACUGUGGGAUGGCAGGACAGGCAGGUACCUGGCUUCCCUGCGUGGCCACGUGGCUGCUGUGUACCAGAUUGCGUGGUCAGCCGAUAGCCGGCUCCUGGUCAGUGGUAGCAGUGACAGCACGCUGAAGGUGUGGGAUGUGAAGGGCCAGAAGCUGGCUGCUGAUCUUCCAGGCCACGCAGAUGAGGUAUAUGCUGUCGACUGGAGUCCAGAUGGCCAGAGAGUGGCAAGUGGUGGGAAGGACAAAUGCCUCCGGAUAUGGAGGAGAUGAGAAAUCCCAAGUUCUUGGACUCCUACCUGGACUCAGCUGCUGCCAGUGCCCACCCUGACAGAGACCAAAGGCCAGGGUGGUGCCCCUGUGAACCAGUGUGGUCAGCUGUCCUUGGACAGAUCCCAGUGAGGUCCCUCCCCAGAGCAGGAGGUCGAAGUUACGGGAAAAUAUCACUGGGCUCAGACGUUGGCCGUUACUCCAUACCUUGCUUGGGGCGGGGCGGGGGGGGGGGGGUCAGGCAGUGACCAGACCCUUGCUGCUGCCCCUCCUCCUUUCCUGAAUGUUCUCUCUAUUCAGCAUCAGACCCUGGAUCCUGUGACCAAAUAAAUAACUUUUAUUUUGUG